AUGUGGGCCAUUGUCGCAGCUCUAGGUCACUUCCUCAACAGUGAUUCCCACGAAGGAGCAUGGCUGGAGGUCGAAGAUCGUGCGCGAGUAGACAGCUUGUGCGGUCUCAUUGGGUGCGCCGUCUUGACAGCCUUGAACCACUUGGACAGGAUUGGUCAGCUGGCCUACGACUCUGCAUUUCAAGAUCUAGGAAUCGUCAUGGCACUCUACAUCCGGUUCUCAAAGGACGCAUCUACGACGGUGUUCAAGGAAAAUGGGCAAGAUAUCUAUUGGCAGGACAUGUUAUUGGCGUAUGCUUACAAAGCUGACAUUGAACUCCAACAUGAAGGUGUAAGCGGUCUUUCCGGCACAUUGGACCCACGGAACAGUGAUGUGGACCUCCUCGAAUCCAAUGUCACGGCAUCAAGAUGGAGCUGGUCUAAAGUCCUUGCGGAGUACCGCGAGACUCAUGGCGAUCAAGCCAGCGCCGGCGGAACGAUUGGAGGCAGUCGCUACAACAUCCUCAGCUGGAAUCGAGAACAGCGAGCGCAGUAUCAUUCCGAGAAAAGAGAUCCCAUGCAUCGAUUCAAGCCUAGAGAGAUGUCGGGAACGAAGCUCAUUGUGCCGGACUGCAUUCGUGAGCGUGAUGAAGCAGCUGAAAAAGAGCAUGCGAAAUUUUCGGAGGAGAGUUCACAGCUGUUUGCGAAGAUGGAAAAUCUAAAGGUUGGAGAUGAUUAA